AUGGCCCCCAAAAAGCAACCGCAACCGCCCCAGCAGCAGCACGACGAGCCAAGACUCUAUUAUAAGCCCGGUUUCAUAUGUCCCAAAAAUCACGGGUUUAUCGAUAUCAUACCCGAAUCUUCAUCUCAAUCUCAAUCUGCAGCCCAAGAAUCUCAUAAUCAAGGUGCUGCGUCAGAAUUCGAGAAAAAAGGGCAAAAACGAGAGGCAAAUAAACCCAAACCAAAACCCAAACUAAUCACACGUAUAAAAAACCCACAUAUACUGAGUGGAUGGCAUGGACGCGCAGCUCUUGAAAAUGCGGCGCUGGGGGAGGUUCAUAGGGUGUUAUUGCUUGGGGGGGAAGAUGGGGAUGGGGAUGGGGAUGGGGAUGUGGAUGUGGAUGUGGAUGUGGGGGGUAUGAGCGUGCAGGUUUUGAAAUUCGUGAGUGAAGAAGGGGGGAUGGGGAGGGGGAUGGGGAGGAAAGAAGGUGGAGAAUUGGUGGGGCUGGGAGAUUGGGAAGUAUUGAUGUUGAGAGCGUUAAGGGGGGUUAUUGAUGGGAAAUUAGGGAUGGAUGAAGGGGGAAAGGCAGAGAAAGGGGGGGAGAAAAACGAAAAAGAAGAAGAAGCGCAGAAGAAGAAGGGAAAGGGAAAGGGAAAGAAAGAGAAGAGACACAGAGAGAAUGAGGAUGAGGAUGGGGAUGCAGAUGAGGAUUCCUUGGACACACCAUCGAAGAAGAGCAAGCAGAUCAAGAGAUGA